AAUAACUUUCUGAGGGCACAGUGUGGGCAGCAGGCGGCUUCAGCAGCGCUUAGCGCGCAUGCGCAGUAACGCCCAGGCGCCGGGAAGGACGCCGUUGCUGGCUGGCCCGGCGCGGAAGGCUCCGGACAGGCGGUUUCGCCAUGGAGGAGGGCGGCGGGUUCCGCCUGUCAGCCGAGUGCCUGGACGAGCCCCCCAACAGCCGCGUGUUCCUGGUGCUGGGGAAGGACACGGGGGAGGCGCUGAUCCGGGAGCGCUUCGCCCCGUUCGGGGAGAUCCAGGACAUCUGGCUGGUGCGGGACAAGCGCACCCACGAGUCCCGCGGCAUCGCCUUCGUCAAGUUCGCCCGCAGCUCGCAGGCCUGCCGGGCCAUGGAGGAGAUGCACGGCCGCAGCCUGGCGCCCGACACCAAGCCCAUCAAGGUGUUCAUUGCCCAGUCCAGAGCUUCCGGAAGCCACCGAGAUGUUGAAGAUGAAGAGCUUACACGCAUCUUUGUUAUGAUACCAAAGUCCUAUACGGAGGAAGAUCUGAGGAAUAAGUUUAAGGUGUAUGGAGACAUUGAAUAUUGUAGCAUUAUUAAGAAGAAGACCACAGGAGAAAGUAAAGGUUUGGGCUAUGUGAGGUAUUUAAAACCAUCCCAAGCUGCCCUGGCAAUAGAAGAGUGUGAUCGAAGUUACAGGGCCAUUUUGGCUGAACCUAAAAACAAGCCGUCUGAAUCCUCUGAGCGUGAAUAUUACAGUAGUAGCAGUAGUAUGAGGCAGGAGCCAAUGGGGCAUGAACCUAGAGGGAGUGUAUUUCCCUUUGAAGGACAGCCAGAAUUUGGUAGUUUUGAAAAGAGUCAGACAAGAGUUCGAGAAUCUGUUUCCAAUCGCCUGUCAGUGGUAUCGCGACUCCCCUUCGUACAAGAGCAGCUGUUCUUCCUCUUUGAUCUAGUCCCAGGACUGGAGUAUUGUGAUGUUCAGCGAGAUCCACAUACUAACCAUGGGCAUGCUGUGAUUCAGUAUACUACUGCAGCAUCAGCUAUAUAUGCCAAAUACAAGCUACAUGGUUUUGAAUAUCCUCCUGGAAAUCGUCUAGGUGUAACUUUCCUUGAAGAUGGGAGCGACGGACUGGACCACAUCAGAAAAAUGGCAACACAGCUGGUGACUUCACAGGUGUCAUCAUUGGUGUCACAUAAUAAUCUAGUUGGUCAGCAAUAUACAUCUUCUCAACCUUACAGCGGAAGUUCUAGCUCUCAGUUAUCUCAGCCCCAAACAGAUGCUGUACUUCCAUCACGCAAAAAAAAGGUUCCACCUGAGACUUCUGUGAAGGAAAGGCUUUUCAUAGUGUUUUAUCCUCAUCCCUUACCUGUAAAUGUGUUGGAGGAUGUAUUCUGUCGGUUUGGACAUCUUAUAGAAGUUUACCUUGUGACAGGAAAAAAUGUGGGCUAUGCUAAGUUUUCAGACAGAACAAGUGCUAGCGAUGCCAUAACUGCAUUACAUGGCAAGAUUGUGAAUGGUGUCAGGCUUAAAGUAAUGUUGGCAGAUUCACCUGCAGAAGAAUCUAACAAACGUCAAAGAACUUACUGACCUCAUGGAGCAGAGACUAAAUAAUGACAUGACCCUCAGCUGACUGACUGAAAACAUGACUAGACACGGUUCCUGUGGACAGUGACAGCUUUUUGUACUGUUAGCUGAUGUUUGUGGACAAAAACACUUUAUUUU